AUGUUGUCGCGCUCGCCUGUGAAUAAAAAAAACAAGUUAUGUUCGUCGCCUAAAAAAUAUUAUAAAAACGAUAUUAAAAAUGAAAAUAUUUCAUGUAAGGAAGAAAAGAAUGGUGAUAAAAAAUGGGAAGACAGCAACUCCAUAUUGUGUAAAUCAAAAAAUAAAGAGAAAAAUAUGAUGUUAAAAAAUAUUAUAAUAUCAAAAAAUUCAAUUAAAAAUAAAAUAUGUAAGAGCAAAACUUGUAUAGUAAAAAAAGAAAUGAACAGUAAAUUUGCUAGUUUGAAAAAGAAUAAAAGAAAAAUUAAUUUAAAUAAAUCAUCUAUUUUAUCUAUUAAAUCAAAAAUAACUAAAAUUAGUUCUUUACUAAAAAAAAAUGAAAAUAAAGUUAAUAUGAUAAAUGAGGAGCAUACAAAAAAUAAGAAUCAUCUUAGUCGUAAUAAAAUAGUUAACUCUUAUAAACUCUUAUAUGACAUAGAAAGCAUUAGAAAAAAUAAAAAGGAUAUAAUCUUAAUAAAAAAAGCAAAUAAUUCAAAGGAAAGAAAUAGUGUUUUAAUCAAGAGUAUCAUACACAAAUAUUACAGCGAAGGUAAAGACAUAAAGAAAAAAUAUAUAAAUGAUCAUAUUGGAAAUAAUAAUAAUAAUGAUGAUGGUGAUGAUGGUGAUGAUGAUGAUGGUGAUGAUGAUGAUGGUGAUGAUGAUGAUGGUGAUGAUGAUGAUGGUGAUGAUGGUGAUUGUAGUGAUAAUAAUCAUAAUAAUCAUAAUAAUGAUUGUAAUAAUAAUCAUUGUAAUAAUAAUCUCAAUAACAAUUUUAAUAAUAAUCACCAUAAUGAUUGUAGCUAUAAUCAUAACUAUGUAUACUAUUACCCUUUCAAGAGACACACGUCAUAUAAUUCUCUACCUUGUAAUAUCAAAGAACAAGAAACAAAAGAAAAUGAAGAUCAGUUCGAUUCACAUAAUAUUCAAAAAUAUAACAUACACAAAAAAUAUACUAGCCUUACUCGUAGUAAUGAACCUUAUAAAAAUAACAGAAUGAUAAAAAAAUGUAACUCUCUCGUAUUACCCACGUUAAAUAAUAAAAAUGAAAUACAUAAAAAUGAAAUACAUAAAAAUGAUUGUUCUAAUGAUUUACAGAUAUAUAACCAUUUAUAUAAUUCUUAUGAUAAACAUAUAAAAUUAUGUAAUUUAAAUGAAGAUAAUAAUUUAUCUUCACAUAUAGAAGACAUUAAAAGAACUAAAGAAAACAUUUCAAAUAAUUAUAUAACCUAUAAAAAAUAUGUAUUACAAAAAGGUUUUGAUAGGAUAUCUCACAAUGAAGAAGUGAAGAAUGAUAAAAAUUAUAUAAUGAAUCUUAAUAAUUAUAGUAAGGAAUAUCAUAACAAUAUAACAAAUGAAGGGGCUGUCACUAAUUUUUCUUUUAAUGUUGCUACUAUGGAGAAUGAAAAAAGUGUAAGCAAAAAUAUGGGGCAUACAACAAAUGGUAUGAAUGAUAUGAAUGAUAUGUCUAAUAUAAAUGAUAUAUAUAAUAUGUCAAAUAUAAAUAAUGGGAAUACUUAUUAUCAUACUACAGAUACACAAAAGAUCCAAAAAAACAAACUUUAUCAUGAUCAAGAAGUAGAAGAAGAAGAUAUUAUUAAUAAUGACAGAAACCAUGAUGAUUUAGAAGACUCACUUUCUCAUUUAUCAGAUUCUUUUAAUUUAGAAUAUUUACCAGCGAUACCAGAUGAUAUAAACUUAAUAAGCAGUAAUGAUAAUUUCUUUAGUGUAUAUGGUAAAUCUAUAAAAUCCUCAUCUUUUUCAAAUGAUAUACAUAAGGAUCAAAAUAAAGAUCCAUACUGUCAAGAUAAUAUAAAACAAUAUAAUGAAGAACAUAUAUAUGAAUCCUUAAGAAGUAAAGAUAGUCAAGAUAUACAAAAUAGUAACAACAUUGGUUUAUAUAAAUCUAAAUAUUAUGACGAUGAUGAUGAUGAUUUAAUAAUCAGUAUGUUUCAUGAUGAUCAGGAGAAUCAAAAUAUAAAAGAAGAUAAACAUUCUAAUGAUCAUUCUGAAGAGACAUUGAAUGAAAAUAUAAGAAAUAUGGAUAUUAUAGAAACAAAAAUGAAUAACAUUAAUAAAUUGCAAGGGGUAGUAAAAGAUUUAGAUAAUAUAAAUAAUAUGAAAAGGUUUUAUAGUAUGGAUCAUAAAACAAAUAAAAAAUUGAAUCUAUCAGAUUAUUGCGAGAAUGAUGAAAAUGUAAGUAAGGAAAUGAAAAUGGAAGAAGGAAAUAUGAACAAUACAAAUAGUACAAACAAUAUUAAAAAUAUUAAAAAUAUUAAAAAUAUUAGCAAUAUUAAAAAUAUUAACAAUAUUAAUAAUAUGAAUGAUUCAGAUAUUUAUUAUGAUGAUGAAAAAAAUAAUGACCUUUUAUAUAACGUUAAAGAAACAUAUACGCAGAAAUCUGAAAAAUACACAUCAGAUGUAGAAAAAAAAAAAAAAAAUACAAAAAAUAAUAUCAGAAGAGGCCUUUACUUAGCCUCUAAAAUUUUAAAAGAAAUACAUGAAGAAAAACAAAAAAAAAAGAAAAGAAAAAAAAAAGAAAAUUUAUAUAAUUAUCUUGAUAAAAAUAAAUAUGAUAAUAAUUAUAUUCAUAACGAAACAUAUAAUAAUACAUAUUCAAAUACAAUUCCAGAAUUAUAUGAAAUUAACAAAAAUAAAAAUAUAUUAUCUUCAUCUUAUGAUGAUUUUUAUUUAAACUUUAAAAAAAAAGAAAACAAUAUAAAUAAAAAUUAUAAUAUUUCUUGUGAUACGAAGUAUGAGAAUAGUGAUAUAAUGCCUAGUCAUAUAAAUAAAAAUUGUGUGAAUAAAAAUUGUGAGGAUAAAAAUCAUGUGGAUAAAAAUUAUGUAGAUAAUGAAUUUUUGAACUUGUCAGGCAACAAUAAUAUUCUUGAAUAUUCUUUAAAUUCUUUAAAAGGAUAUAAUUAUAAUCAUAAUUAUAAUUAUGAUGAUGAUGAUGAUAGUUCAAUAAUACAUGUAGACAGUAUGGAUGAUUUAAAAAUGUCUUAUGAGAGCGUACGUUUGUUAAAUAAUUAUAGUUAUUCUUUAGAUAAUUCAAAAUAUAUUGAUUUACAUAAUGCACAAAAAAUAUAUAAAAGAUUAGAUAAACAAAAUGAUAAUAAUAUAAAUGAAGAGGAGAGAGAAAGAAGUAUCUCUUUAAAUGAAGAAAAGGAAAAAGGAAAUAAACAGAAUUAUAAUAUUUCAGAAGAACAAAAAGAUAAUACUAUUAUUUUUGAUAUAAAUGAUGACACAACAACGAAAAAUAUUAAUAUUAAUAAUAUUAAUAUUAAUAAUAAUAUUAAUAAUAAUAGUAAUAAUGAUGAUGAUAAUAUAAAAAAACAAGGUGACUAUGAUAAAUAUUCAAAUGAACAUAUAGAAAAGGAGAACAACUUUAAUAUUAAAUAUUUAUAUUCUUCAUCUUCUAUAUAUAGUAAUACAUCAGAAUGUAAUAACAAAAAUUAUAUGAAAGAAAAAAAUAAUAUUCAUCUUUUGAAUAAGUCUAUUAAUGAUGAUUAUUAUGUAGAUUAUUUACCAUAUGAUUUUAAUAAGAUUAUUAUUAAAAAAAAUAAUAAUAGUAUAAAAGAAAAAAAGGAAAAUAUAAACAAUAAAAAUAAGAGUAACAAAAGUAUAUGUAAAAAUCAAAAUAUAUAUAUAAACUUUUCAGAUGGUGAUAUACAAAUAAAUAAAAAUAAAAAACAUAGAGAAAAGGAAUUUUAUAAAAAGUAUAAACAAAAUAAUAUAAAAAAAAAAAGUAAUAGUAAUAAAAAAUCUAAAAUAAAGAAAGAAAAUGAUAUAUCUAAUGUAACCAAAGAUAUUAAAAAUAUUGUAAAUACUAAAUGUGAAAUAAUGGAAAAAAAUGAUUAUUCUAAAAAAAUUAAUAAUAAUAUAUAUUCUAAUGGAAAUGGUUAUGUGAAUAAAAUGAGCAAUAUAAAUGAGGAAAAUAAAGAUAUAUCUAAUGAUGAAAAGGAAGAGAAAUCUAAUGAUGAAAAGGAAGAGAAAUCUGAUGAUGAAAAGGAAGAUAAAUCUGAUGAUGAAAAGGAAGAUAAAUCUGAUGAUGAAAAAGAAGAGAAAGAAUAUAAGAUAAUGCAUAAUGUGGAGGAUAAUAAAAAUAAGGAUCAUCUUUUAAAUGAUAAUAAUGCUAAUUUAACAGAUGAACCUAUAGACGAAAAAGAUAUUUAUUAUGAUAAUCCAAACAGAAUAGAUAAUAAGAAUAUUGUAAAAAAUCGUAUGAGUAAUUCAAUGAAUAAUAUGUAUGAUUUAAAAGAUAAAAAUUAUUAUAAGGAUGAAAAUGUUUUAGAUAAUGAUAUGCUUAAAGAUUUAAGACAUGUGUCCUUUGAAAAUAUUAAUUUUAAAGAUAAAAAAAAAAUAUAUUUGAAUGAGAACAUUCUAAAGAAAAAAAAAAAAAAAAAAAAAAAUUUAGAUGAUACUUAUAAUAAUAAUUUAUUAAAAAAUAAAAGUUCUGAACAAAAUAAUAAUAUUCCUAAAAAUAUAUCAACUAAAGAAUUUAAAAUUACAUAUGAACAUGUUGAAAAUGAAAACGAAAUUUGUAUAUCUAAUAGUAAUUCUACAUUAUGUGAAGAAAUAAAUAAACAAAAUAAAUUAUCUCUCGAUAAUUCUAUUAAAAAUGAUACAAAGAAAAUAGAAGAGCUCUUGAAAAAUAUUUUAUAUACACUAAAAAAUGAAAAACGAGAAAAAAAUAUAAUAAAUAAAUUAAAUAAUAAUAAUAAUAUUCAAGAUGAUCAUAAUAUUCUUUGUGAUAGUAAAAAUAUUUAUUAUCAUGAUGUUGUGUCCAAUUUAAAUAUAUUACAUAAUCAAGACAUAAAUGAAAACGUAUAUAAUAUAGAAUCUCAAGAAUUUAUAGAAGAAAAAGAUAUCUCCAUGUUGAAUAGAAAAAAUUCUGAUGAUAUUCAAGAAGAAAUAAAAAAGGAUGAUAUGUCUAAUAAAUUUGCUAUUUUGGAAUAUAUAAGACACUGUAUAGAAAUUUUAAAAGAAGAAAGGGAUAAUUUAAAAGAAGAAAGGGAUAAUUUAAAAGAAGAAAGAGAUAAUAUAAAACAAGAAAGAGAUGAUAUAAAAGAAGAAAGGGAUAAUUUAAAAGAAGAAAGAGAUAAUAUAAAACAAGAAAGAGAUGAUAUAAAAGAAGAAAGAGAUAAUAUAAAAAAAGAAAGUGAUAAUAUAAAACAAGAACGUGAUAAUAUAAAACAAGAAAGAGAUGAUAUACAAAAUGAAUAUGAUAAUAUAAAAAAAGAAAGUGAUAAUAUAAAACAAGAAAGUGAUAUUUUAAAACAAGAAAGUGAUAUUUUAAAACAAGAAAGUGAUAUUUUAAAACAAGAAAGUGAUAUUUUAAAACAAGAAAGUGAUAUUUUAAAACAAGAAAGUGAUAUUUUAAAACAAGAAAGAGAUGAUAUAAAAAAACAAAAUAACACAUUAACAAAUAAAUGUAAUGAACUACAAAAUAAAUUUUAUAAUAACAUGAUAGAUCUUCAAAAUAUAACAGAGAAAUAUGAUAAUCUACAAAAUAAAUAUAAUAUAUUAAACGAACUAAAUAAUUCAUUACAAGAUAAAAAUGAAGAAUUAAAAAAAUAUCAUGAACAAGUCAUACAAGAAAGAGAUCAACUAAUAAAAGAAAAAGAAAGUAAUAAACAAGAAAUAGAAUAUUUAAAAAAUAAUGUAGAGGUCCUUAAUAUAGAUAAAUCAAAUUAUAUUAUCGAACAAAAUGAUAAUAUAAAUAAAAUAAAAAUAUUAAAUGAGGAAAAAAAAAAAUUAGAAGAAGAAAAAAAUAUAUUAAAUGAAGAGAAAAAUAUAUUAAAUAAAGAAAAAAAUAUAUUAAAUGAAGAAAAAAAUAUAUUAGAAGAAGAAAAAAAUAUAUUAAAUGAAGAAAAAAAUAUAUUAAAUGAAAAAAUAAAUAAAAAAAAUGAUAUUCUCAUACAUAAGGAAGAAAAUAUAUUAUAUGAAAAAAAUAAAAGACAAGAAGAAAUAAAAGAAAAGGAAAAAUUACAAAAUGAAUUGUAUAUAAUUAAAAAAGAAUACGAUGAAUUAUUAAAUAAAUAUAAUGAGAAUAUAAAUGAAGAAAUAAAUAAUAUGAAAAAUAUUCUAAUUAAAAAAGAAGAAGAGAUAAAAGAAAUUAAACAAAAUAAAAUUAUAUUAAAAAAGGAUAUAGAUAUGUAUGUAAAUAAUAUACAUAUGUUAGAAAUUGAAAUGAAUAAAAUAAAAGAAGAAAAUGAUUUAAUAAAAAUAAAGAAUCUUGAAUUAUUAGAAAAAGAAAAUAUAAAUAAUUUAUAUCUAAGUAAGGAUCAUAAUGAAGAUAUAGAAAUGACAAGCAGCACAAAUAAAACACAAACAUGUUAUAAUGAUAAUAUGAAUGAAUAUUUAUAUUUAAAUGUUAAUAAAAAUAUAUUAAAAAAUAUUUUUGAUAAUAAUACAAACAUGUUUAAUGACAGUUGGAAUGUUUUUAUGGAAAAUAAAAAUGAUAAGUUAAUAAGCAUACAAGAGAAUCAUAAUAUGAAUGAAAAUAAAAAUGAAAAUAAAAAUGAUAUUGUCAAUACUUAUAAUGAUAAUAAUAAUAAUAAUAAUAAUAAUAAAUGUGAAUUAAAAAAUGAAUUAAAUUGUAAUUUUUUAUGGACACAUUAUGAAAAAAUAUUAAAAGAUAUAAAUCAUAUAAGUAUAGAUAAACUAAAAAUACAAUAUAAAGAUUUAUUAAAAGAAUAUAUAUUUUUAGAGCUCUUAGUUAUAGAAUAUGAAAAAAAUAAUGUAGCAUUACAUGAAACUAAUAAAGAAAGAAAUAAAGAAAUAAAAGAGAUGAUUAAUUAUAAAAAUAUGUAUUUAGAAUUAGAAAAAUCAAAUCAAGAGUUAUAUGAUAAAUUGAAUGAAAUAAAUAAUGUCUUACAUAUUCGAGAUCAUAAUAAUGAAGAUAAUAAUAAUAAUAAUAAUAAUACAAAGAAGGACAUUGAUAAUGAUGAUGAUAAUAAAAAUAAAAUAUGUAAUAGAAAAAGCUCAUCUAUAUACAUAGAAAUAUUAAACAAAACAUAUAAUAUAACAAAAAAUAUUGAUAUUAUAAAUGAAGAAAUAUUUAAUAUGAAAGAACAAAAAAAUGACAACAAUAUAAAACUUUCUAAUAUUUUAAUAUAUUUAAAUAUUAUAUCUACAGAUAUUAUGUUCAUACAUACAAAUAUAUCAUAUAUAAAUGAAUAUAUAACGAAUAGCACUAUAUAUCUCGAUAUACAUCAUUUAAAAAACACUCUUCUUUUUAAUAUGUCUACAAAAGAAAAUAUAAAUAUGAAUAUAUCAUCAACAUUGUGUAAAGACACAAAUGAAAUAAAAAGGUAUGAUAAUAAGAUAAAAAGAGGUAAUAAUAAUAUAUAUAUGGGUGGUAUAGAUGACAUGCAUCAUAUAGAUGAUGAUCUUAAAAUGUGUGAUGAAGAACUAGUUAAGGAGAAAGAAUUGAUUAAUAUCAAAAAUAAAAAUAUAAAUCCAAAUAAUGAUGUAAAUAAUAAUAAUGCAGAAUACAAUUAUAAUGAUAAUAUUAAAAAUGAAAAUAUUCCAUUUACUGAUAUAGAAAUAAAAAACAAAAGAGAUAAUAUAACAAACAAUAUUAUAAACAAAUCAUAUGAUGAUCAUAUAGAAGAUGUAUUAACCUUUUUUGAAGUAUCCUUUUCUAGUGACCUUUUCUUAUUAUUAUGUCACAUGUGUAAAGCAAUAAACGAAAUUAACUGCUCUUUAAGAAAAAAUGAUAUAAAUUCUUGUAACAACAAUUUAAUAUAUAUUAAGAAUGUAUUACAUGAUAUAAAUAAUUUUUAUAAUAAUGAAGAGAAUAUAUCAUUUUUAGAUGUAUAUGUACAUUUAUUUGAUAUUUUUAAAAAGUCUGUAGAUAAAAUGUUGAAUAUUAUGCAAGCAGAAAAAGAUUCAGAUAAGAUAUAUAAAAUGUUUGUGGAAGUUUAUUAUAUGAAAAAAAUUAUACGAUUUAUAAUAUUUUCUUUUUUUAAAUUUCACAAUAUAUAUUCAAUAUUUCAUAUUAAUAAAUUAGAUGAUGCAUCUAACUGUGUAGGACCUACUACAUGUAAGGAUGAUGAAAAGAAAGUGAAAAAUUAUGAUAAAGACAAAAAUAUAAACAUGGGGAGGGAAAAAAAAAAAAUGGGAAAAAAUAUACAUAUGAAUGAUAAUAAAAUUAUAAUCAAUUCUGAUAUAUCACAUGUGUGUAAUGCAAUAAAUAAAUAUUAUUACAAUUAUUUGGAUGAAUAUCAUACAAGUGAUGAAAGAGAAAGAAAUGUAUAUUAUAAUCAUAUGAAUAAAAAAAAAAAGAAAAAAGAAAAACAUAAUGAUAUAAACAGAAAGGACAAAAGAGAUAUAAAUGAAAAGGAGGGAGAUAAUAUAUUAUACUCUUUGAUGUUGAAAAUAUUAGAAUAUAAUUAUAAUUCACACAUAAUACCCAAUAUUAUUUGUACUUAUGAAGAUAAGAAAACCAUAUUAAAUAAUGAUAAUAAAAUCUUGUUAUUUGAUGAAAAAAUAAAUUAUGCUAAAUAUGUUUUUAAAAUAAUUUAUGAACAUAUGGAAUUAGGAAAUUUUAUUAUAAAUAGUAAUGAGUUUUUAAAUACAUUUGAAGAAAAAAGUUUAAAGAAUUAUCUAUACAAUAAUAUAUUUUUUAAAAAGAAUUAUAAUAUAAAUAUUGAUAUAAUACAUCAAUAUUUAAGUAUGUUAUUUAAACAAAAUAUAGGUAUAAAUUAUGAAUAUUAUUAUGAACAAUUUUUAUUAAUAUUAAAUAAAAUGAUAUUAAAUAUUUCAUCAAAUAAUAAUAUUCAUCAUUUAAAUACAACUAGUUGUGAAAAUAUUUUCUUCUUUGACAAUUUAAAUAUAGAAGAAAAUUAUAUAAAUGAAUGUGUACAUGCAACAUCACUUACAGAUUUACAGCACAAAAAUAAAAAUAAAAGUAUUAAUAGUAUAAAUAAAAAUAAAAUUCAUCAUAAUAAUAAUAAUAUUAGUCAUAAUAAUAAUAUUAGUCAUAAUAAUAAUGCUACACAAUUAAGAUCCUUAUCAUUUAAUACAACCACAUCCAAUAAAACCUUUACAACUAUUAAACAUGAAAAUCCAAUUAAUCAUAAUACAAACUAUAUAAUAAAUUACCCAUUGUUAGAUAUAGAUAAUAAAUAUAUGAGUGUAUUAUUUCAUAUGUGGCAAAAAAUGGAAUUAAACUUUUUUUCUAAGCAAUAUUAUUAUCAAAGUAAUAAAUAUAAAGAAACAAAAAAUAAUUUAUCUAAAUCGUGUACUUAUAAUAUAAAUAAUAAAAGAUUACAAAAAAAUAUAUGGGGUACCAUCAAUAUGAAGGAUUCUACAACAAAAAAGAAAAUGUAUCACGUUGAUGAUAUCGAUUCACAAAAUGAAAAAAAAUAUAACAUGAAUAAAGAUACAAAUAAUAAUCAAAAUGAUUUGUAUGAUAAUAUUAUUAAUCAUGAUGUUUCUAAUAAUGAUUGUUUUAAUAAUUUUAAUUUUGAUAACAAAUUGAAUGAACAGAACAAUGCAGAAGAAAAAAAAAAAAAAAAAAAAAAAAGUAUAAAAUAUUUAAACAAAUUUUCAUCUUUAAAUAAAAUGAAUACACUUAAUUAUGAAACUGAUAUUACUUCUAAUGAUUAUUCAAUUGAUACAUAUUUAAAACAUAUGGUUUUUGAUAUAUUUAAAUGUAAUAAUGAAAAAAAAGAAAUAGGAAUUGAUGAUUUUAUUUUUGUUUUUAAACAAUUACAUAUAAAUAUUAAAAAAAAUGUAAUUAAUACAAUAUGGUGUAUAUUAACAUCCAAACAAAAUUUAAACAAUGCAUUAAAAGAAAAAAUAACAAUCGCAACAUUUAUUAAAAAAGCAUAUACAACAAAUCCAUCACUCAUUUUUUUUGAAUACUGUAAAACUAAAGUACAAUUAAAAGAAGCCAACAAAAAUAUUAAACUGUUACAAAAAUAUAAUAAAAAAAUGUUACUCCUUGUAACAAAUUGA